UCCGCACAGGCCGGCCCAUACCACGCGCGCCGCCUCCGCCUCCGCCUCAGCCUCAGCCUCGACCUCAACCGACGCACCAUCUUCGGCUUGUAUAGGAACCAGAUCUACGAGCACGAGGAUGUCUGGAACCAGAUCUAAGAGUACGAGGAUGACUGGAACCAGACCUUCUUGGAAUUACAAUCUGCCGGAGAAGCCUAAGCCCAAUCUGCCGGAGAAGCCUAAGCUCAAUUUGCCGGAGAAGCCUAAGCAGCACCUUUACCUUGUGUUUGAUGACUGGAACUCUGGAUACUCCAUCCGCAAGGUGAGCUUGUCGCGCCGCUCAGGCAAAGGAUCUGAGCAAUCGUCCGAUUCAGGAGAAGACUCUGAGCAGUCCGGCUUAAAGCCCUUCCCAGCUUUCAUGCGCAUCCAGGCGAUGCGUGGGCUUCCCAAUAUGUUCACGUCAGCCUUUGGCACCAAGAUCAUGGCGAUGCAAACAUCUCGUGAUGUGAUGGCGGGAAUCCCAACUAUCGACGUCCAGGAUCUUACCAUCUCCUCUGAACCUCCACCAAACUUUCCGUAUUAUCCAGUCUACAUCCCCGUCAGUGAUGAUAGGCUCUAUGCUCUGGAUAUUGGCUCAUUUGAACUCCUCCAGAAGCCAGAACCGAGUGGAGUGUGGAUGUGGAAUAUACUCAGUUGUCCUCCAUUCUCACUUUCAGCUGUCUCCUCCUACGCCGUGCGACCCGAUGGAUGCAUCCUCGUCAGUAUCGACACUGUUGGCACCUUCAUCUUGGACACCAAGGAGCAUGUGUGGAAACUAUGUGGUCGUUGGGUGUUCCCCUUCACCGGCCAUGGACACUAUGACACCUCCCUGGAUGGCUUUGUUGGUCUCCCCAAAGACCCGGAGAAACUUGGGUACCUCUGCUGCUGCACCAUGGCCAGCACCACGACUAGCCAAGGAUUGCAGUAUUCCUACACCAAGACGAAGGUGUACAACAGGGACCUAGCUGAGGGGCAGCAGCAUGUAAGUGCCACCCUUGUGCACAUGCGCCAGGGCAAAUUCUGCCUUGUGGAGUGUGUCUGCACUGAUGACACACAGACUGAUCAGGAUGAUGUGCCCGUGGUGCUGCUGGGGCCUGAUUCGGAUGAUUUUAUUGGAGGCGGGCCCCAAGGUGGUCGUUUUAUGUAUCGUUUGAAAACCUUCUCCCUCAGUUAUGACACGAAUAGAGACCUCAAGCUUAGACACUGCAAGGUUCGUUGCUACAGCCUGCCUCAUGAAGCAAGAAUUGGUUCCAUCCGUCAGGAUCCAGUGGCAUUUUGGCUGUGAAAUGACAUGCUAAAAUCAUGAGAUAAAUUAGUUCCUAUGUUUUCAGCUUCAAUGUUUUAGUUUGGUGUAAUCUCAAACUGUGUUAUUCGUGGAUCCUGUGCUGAUGUGUCUCUAUGUGGUCACUCGGCUUUGUUUUUUCAGUAUAUAUGUAUAAGUCAGUGACUAAUUCAGUUAGGGGCUUUGCAAUUGCUCUGUUAUCACUUUCUAGUAGAUAACUGCUUUUUAUGAGAUGUAUGGAGAAGGCUAGCCUCCAGGUCCAUGUAAUGACAGACAAUUGGUCUAUAACUUAACCUGCAAAGUCACCUUUGAUUAUGGUUCAUAACUUCACCUGCAAAGUCACCUUUUAUGAUAAGGAUACAUAAUUUCCAUGUCCCAAUACGGAUGUUUUCAGUUUUCAGUUAAACAUAUGUUCUCUUCAUAUACGGAUGAACCCUCAGCCUUUUGUACUUUGAUGCACAUUUUGUUCAGAUUAAUUGAUUCAAUAUAAAUCAUGUUUGGUCCUUGGAUGAGUUUGAGUUUUCUAAAUUGUAGCAUUGAAUAAUCCAGAAGCAUGGAUGCACCUUGUCUAGUUUGAUUUUGUUGUUAUUUCUUCUGCUGGCUCAUUGAAGUUUAUUAGUACCUGUGUUCUUUCAAGUAUCCUAUGCAUUCGCAUAUUUCUAAUGAUAUUUGGUUGAGUAAGCCAUACAAAGGGAAAUGGUUGUGUAUUCCAUAGGUUUAGUGCACUGCCUUUAAUUAUUUAACCUUAGCAACAUUUACUGCUCUCUUUUCAUAGACUUACUGCAUAUACUUCUCCCCACUGUUUCUGCUGCUUGAACAUAACGCUUCUUUGUAAUGACCUAAUCUUUCAUUUCCUAAGUUUUAAAAUUUUCUGUUUUUAAUUUGUUCAGUUCUUAUGUAAUGUGCUUCUGAUUUUUAUUUUGUUUCUUCUGAUAUUUUGAUAUGUUCAUUCUUAAAUUUGCUCUUCAUUUUUCAGUCGGCACCUUUUUUUAAUUCUUUCUUUCUACAACAGCGCCAAAGGUAUCAAAACCAAAGGCAUUAAUUUUGUGCUUUAGAUUUUCUCAGUAUUUCAGUAAUUCAUUUUUGUCUUUCUGCACUGCUUGUCAUAGCUCAUUUUCUGUCUUUACUGUUUUGUAUUUCAGGUUAUCAGUUUUCUCUUCAAUCAUUAUAUGAUUAUGUCAUAUUUCUUCAGUCAUUGUUUGUUACUUAUGUAGAGAGAAUAAAGUUGGUCAGAGAUGUGUGGUGGCAUAGCAGCAGUUGAUUUCAUCGAUGAUCAGAUGUUUAUCUCAUUUGCAUUCAUUUUUUAGUAUUUUCUGUUUCUCAUGCUCACUUUUUCAUGAAUGGACUGUGCGUACUAGAUUGAUAGUUAGAAUCUCUUCUUGUACCACUCCAUGAGCUGGUGUUACCGUCGGUGAUGAUGCUUGGCUGCUGGUGGAAUAUGACUGUCGGUGGCGGUGCUUGUCUGCUGGAGGAAUAUGCCACUCUCUGAACCUUAUUGAGAAAUUAGUGUAGGAGUUUGUUUUCUAGAAGUUUUUAUAUCCAGAUUUGGAAGUUUUACUAUCUUAUAUUUUUCAGGGAUCUGUUGCCUGGCAUGUUCGAUGGACUGUCCAAAGUUCAAAUGUUUCUUCGUUCAGUUUUUAUUUCUUCUUCAGUUACUUUAGUCUUCAGUAGGUGAUUCUCUCUUCUAUCAGCGUGUCUCACUUUCAUUUUAUAGUAUCAUGAGUGUUUUUAUUAGUUUUCAGUUUCAAGUAACCAUUUUAGUCCAUGUUAGUCCUUCUAGUGACGCCAAGUUUCUUCUGUGUAUCUUUCUUGAGUCCUCAUUCUCUCAUGCAGUGUAUUUUCAGUUUUAACUAUUGUUCAGUUAUUUUCUCAAUACGACCUAUCAGUAUUCAGCCUCUAAAUUGUCAAUCGUAUUCUUUCUUCUAAGUAUGUGUUAAUUCUAUAAUCUUCAGUUUAUCUUUCUUUAUUAUCGUUCUACAACUUAGUUGCUUAGGCUUAAGUGUUCAGUUUUCCCUCUAUUUCUUUUUCUUCAGUCUCCAAGUAGUGCAGUGUUUGCUCAUGCCUGGACAAAGGUGGUUGGAGCAGCAUCAUGUUAGUGAGCGGCAAACUGGGGUGACUCCUGGAUCAAUGCCAAGACACAGGCUGAAUGCUAUCAUUAUCUUCUUGAUGCUGCCGUCAAGAUGUAUCAGUUAGGGAUUGAUUGGACGACUCCUGAGCAUGGUCCAAUAAACAGCGCCAAAAGAUUGUGUACUGUUAUAAGUCCUGAUGUUCCUAAUGGAGCUCAUGCAGCCAAAUCAUCAAAGCAUUGUGUUGUACUUGACAUCGAAGGAACAACAACUCCAAUAUCAUUUGUGACUGAUGUUAUGUUUCCUUAUGCUCGUGAUAAUGUGCGGAAGCAUCUGAUUUCUACAUACGAUUCUGAAGAAACCAAAGAAGACAUCGAAUUGUUGCGCAUCCAAGUUGAAGAAGACCUGAGAAACGGAGUUGUUGGGGCUGUUCCAGUUGCACCCAGUGAUGCUAGCAAAGAAGAGGUUAUUAAUUCGUUAGUCACUAAUGUUGAGUCCAUGAUCAAAGCAGACCGGAAGAUUACAUCAUUGAAACAACUUCAGGGUCAUAUAUGGAGGACUGGAUUUGAAAGCAAAGAACUGCACGGAGUUGUUUUUUAGGAUGUUCCCGGGGCGCUGAAGGAUUGGCAAUCUCACGGUGUGAAGGUUUACAUAUACUCAAGUGGCAGUAGAGAGGCACAAAGGCUACUAUUUGGCCACUCAUCCCAUGGUGAUCUACGACAAUACUUGUGUGGUUUUUUUGACACCACAACAGG